UAGAGCUAAUCAUCGAAAACUGAAACCAAGAUCCAUCUUUUCCAAAGGUUGACCAGGAAGCACCAUGGCGACGGCAAUGGGAGUGUCAUCUGGCCUUCCAAUAUUGGGACAGCCUGGUCUGUUUCAGGCAGUCUGUUUCUUCCUCCUCCUCCUCUAUAGCCAUGGUGGCGCGUCCGCCCUUUCUAGUAGUAGUAGUAGUCCUCCAUCGCAGAAAAACACCAUUGCCGUCUUUGGAGGAUCUGGGUUUAUCGGACGCCGCGUGUGCGAGCAGUUGAGUUAUCAAGAAAAUGUCCACGUAAUAUCCAUUUCUCGCUCGGGUCGUCCUCCCGAUUAUUACUGUCCAAACCAUUGGAAUGCCAAUCAGGUGGAUUGGAUCCAAGCCGAUAUGUUAUCACAAACAAUACCCGCAUUACCACCACUGACAGCCGCUGUCAGUUUGGUCGGCAAUGUGGAACCCGUACCUCAUUGGAAAGGUUUCUUUGGGUUGGGCUUUGACGACGAGAAAUUACGGAUUGAAAAUGGAUUGGUCAAUGAACGCAUCUGUCAAGCGGCAAAACACGCCGGUGCCGAACGAUUUGUCUUUGUGUCGGUAAGCUACGAAGUGGCCAAGGCAUUUGAAGGACCUAUCGAAGGAUACCUCGAUGGCAAGCGACGGGCGGAAUUUGCGGCCAGUGAUGCCUUUGGCAACGACAAUACCGUCGUGCUGGGUCCAUCCGUGGUGUAUGGCGGCAAACGGUUCCCUAGGCUGGGGAAACUCUAUCGAUCUUUUGUGGAGUCGAAAUUGGCCAAGGCAUACGUCACAUCCAACCAAGCCCUGCGAAAUUUGAGUGUGGCGCCAUUGCAAGAUUGGUUGGAACAGGCCAUCUUUAGCUCACCCGUGGAUGUGUCUAUAGUUGCAAAUGUCAUUUGCGCGGCAGCAUUGGGGCAAGUGGACCGAUCAGUUGUGCCGACUCGUCGACGCCAAGGAUUUUGGAAUGAACAAGGCGAUGUCAUGACAUAUGCCGACGUGAUUUUUGUGGAUGGGACACACGAAAUAGAGAGAGUCUCUCAAGAGGUGGCGUUAUUGGAGCCCCUUUCGAACAAGGAGAAUAUUAAUAGUGCACGCGCUGCCAAGGAACCAAUAGCCGAAGGUGGUAUGGAGAACGUGACAACCUAUCUACGGCCACUUCCCGUGGUAGCAUUCUUUGCCACCAUCUUUUGGGCCGUCAUGACGCAGCAAUUCAUUCAAACUGUGCAAAUACUACCUACUGCUUGAACGAAUGAACUGAAGGGAGUUUGAACAACCCACUUGGUGCGUGUAGGGUUGAGAAACUUAGCAAUCAUUCGAAGAAGAACGAAGCUAGCAACCAACCUGCCUUGAACCCUGUCAUCGAUAUGGUCUACCUACGGGAGAACCUAUGAGAGAAAGGCGUACCGAACGGUAGUGCCGGAGCCUACGAGCAACCGCAGCGCUUACUUGAGCGCGAGGACAUCAACGCGGGUUUGGGCCUUGCUUCCUUGCUCACUAGUCUAGGUGCACUUUGGUUGUAACUUACCUGUGGUGGCUAGCUAGCCAGAAGACAAAAAGUCUAAAAGACAAAAAGUUCGAGGACGAAGGUCCUGGUUUGAGGUUGUCGAAUUCACUCCUCUCAUCACCUUCUCCAGAACCUGAACCGCACAAUGUCAUCUUGAGUUCGCCACCACCACGAGGCCAGGUGUUCCUUUAAAAGCAUAUUAAAGUAGAUGAAUGCUUAAAUGAGGGAUUCUGCAUGCAUGGCUGGAUAGAAUGCCAGGCCAACUAGAAAUUGCUUUGUGGGCCGUCCACUGCUUGUAAACUACACGUCUCGCCAUCAGUACAGGCAAUCUUUGCUUCGUACAGAAUGCGGAGGCCGUUGCUGCUGCUUCAACAGAAAGCAACUUGUCUGUUCCCUACUAGCUGGGGCUCCACCCCCUUCACACCCGUCCCUGCGACGUCUGCUCUUGUUCUGAUUGCUUCAAAGCCAGACCACAGCAAACCCAAAACCAUAAUUCACUGGCAUCUUAUCCUUGAGGUUAGGAACAGCCGCUAAUAACAGUCGGAUCUGGCUCUCUAACAUCCCGUCCUGGCUAGCCAGUGGUAAUACCGGUACCCUACUGGUAGCAGCAAGGGUCCUUCGUCCAUGGUGCAGGUAGCUUGAUGAGCCCAAGAAGAGUCCCUGGCCACCUACCGGUAGAAGGUACAACUAGCUAGCUGCCAACAAGGGAUAGAAUUGCAAGCCAUUGUGGCCUACAGCUUACAGCUACGGUAAAGGUAUCUGGAGUACCAGAACAACGGAUGGAAGAAACCAUCCGUGCCGACCAGGCCUAAAUUGCCAUCCGGAAUCCGGAUGAUCGGAUUAUGGCAGACUGAGAGAGACAGUCAAGUCACUCGACUGAAUCACUGGGAACUUGGGACCUUUUGUGGUGAUGCUGAUGCUUUGUUGUUCGUUGAUUUGAAUAGGUUUACAGUGGCCGAGACAGUGGAGGCGGGAUUGUUGAAGUCAUCAUUGGACAAAGUACCAGCAACCUGGCCCGGAGGGCUGGCUCAGUUAUUGGACUACAGCGCUCGGCAUCGGCGCACACUGAUAUGUAGAGGUAGGUGGUACCGAUACGGUGGCUAUUAAUACCGGUACCUGGUAGAUCCCCAAAGCGAAGGACACGGCUGCUACUAGCUACAACUCAGUACAUGUAGUAGGUUGCUGUCAUCAACCUCUUGCUCCAUGGUGUCUUGAAUGCGUAUGCCUUGACGCGGGGAGAGAUGAGCGAGGCUCAAGAGGAGCUGGAGCUCUCGUCCACUACUGUAGCUAUGCAUAGCUACUAC